AACUCUUUGCGUCUUUGACCAUCAUCGUCAUCAUCAUUAUUCAAUGGCUGUUUCUUUCCCUAGCCACUCUCUCCUAACUCCUCCGCGCCUCUCUACUUCAUGCUCAGCAAAACCCUCCAAAUCCCUGGAAAUUAGAACUCUAUUACACCUUAAAUCUCUUCAUCGCAUACCUCGUCUUUGCAAUCCUAUCAUUGGAUUCCCUCUCUCUAAUUCGUCUCCAGUCAGCAACUACUACUUCAAAUCGCGUUCCUUCAAGGCUUACCUUGCCGCCAAUGAUUCUGCACCUAGUACAAAUGACAAAGAGGAGAACGUUCAAAAUGAUGUGAAAGCAUCAGAAAAAGAAGCAGAUGACAAACAUGUACCCAGUUUGAAGAACCUUAUUAAUAUUUAUAAAGCAUCUAUUCUUCAUGGAGAUGAGAGGACUGUACUGGACAUUGAGGCUAGGAUAAAUAUUAUAGAAAAUGAUAAUUCUGAAUUAACCCAGAAAGUUUCAGCUUUAUCAGCAGAAAUAGCCUCUGGGAAGGAGAAAUAUAUUCGCUUGCAAGCUGAUUUUGAUAAUUUUAGAAAAAGGUCAGAGAAAGAAAAGCUUACCAUUAGGAGUGAUGCCCAGGGAGAAGUAAUUGAGAGCCUUUUGCCCAUGGUGGACAGCUUUGAAAGAGCUAAACAACAAAUAAAACCAGAAACGGAAAAGGAAAAGAAGAUUGAUACAAGUUACCAAGGUAUAUACAAGCAGUUUGUGGAGAUUAUGAGGAGCUUGCAGGUUGCUGCUGUAGCAACAGUUGGAAAGCCUUUUGAUCCCUCGCUGCAUGAGGCCAUUGCACGUGAGGAAUCACAAGAGUACAAGGCAGGCAUUAUAAUUCAAGAAUUACGGCGUGGCUUUCUUCUUGGAGGUCGGCUUCUAAGACCAGCAAUGGUCAAAGUUUCUACUGGCCCUGGUAGGAAGAAAGCCCCUGUCAGCAAUGAGCAACCUGUAACAGCAGCUGGAGUGGAUGGCGGAUAGUAAUGUAGCAAAUAUCAGCUUCUAAAAUGGGGAAUUCUAUAUUGACUUGUGAACUGUUAUUUUAUUUCUUUUACAUUUGGGGAAGAAACAAAAAUGUUAUCCUGUGCUGUCCAGGCUCUAGAAUCCAAUUUCAUGUUUUUACAAACAGAUAUAUAUUUCAUUUUAGGAAAACAAAGGCAUACUGUUGAUACAAUCAUGAGAAAACAUGAUAAACCAAUUGAAUAAUCAUGUUCAGGUUUGACAA